ACCCUUCUUCCAAAACAACUUCUGCAACCAUGGAAAGAAUAGCAAGUGAGUGGCUUGCGCCCUGGAAGAAGUACAGGGUCAUCAGCGGGCACUUGGGUUCGUUGCGGUGCGUUGUAGUGGACCCCAGCAAUACAUGGUUCUGCACAGGCUCAGCAGAUCGAACAAUCAAGAUUUGGGAUUUAGCAACCGGGACUCUGAAACUCACCCUUACCGGUCAUCUUGAACAAAUAAGAGGCCUAGCGGUCAGCAGCAAACAGACCUACAUGUUCUCUUCUGGUGAUGACAAACAAGUCAAGUGCUGGGAUCUAGAACAGAACAAGGUGAUUCGGUCUUAUCAUGGUCAUUUAAGCGGUGUCUAUUGCUUGGCUCUACACCCCACCCUUGAUGUCCUGCUUACUGGGGGUCGUGAUUCUGUGUGCAGGGUUUGGGAUAUCAGGAAAAAGACUCAAGUUCAUGCUUUGUCAGGGCAUGAGAACACAGUUUGCUCCGUUCUUGCUCGGCCAUUGGACCCUCAAGUCAUUACUGGCUCACAUGAUUCAGCUGUGAAAUUCUGGGACCUCAGGAAUGGCAAGGCCAUGUCAACACUCACACACCACAAGAAAUCUGUCCGAGCAAUGGCAUUGCACCCAAAGGAGGAUGCUUUUGUGUCUGCCUCUGCUGACAACAUCAAAAAGUUCAACCUUCCACAAGGAAAGUUUCUGCACAACAUGCUUUCCCAGCAGAAAGCAAUUAUCAACGCCAUGGCUGUCAACGAGGAAGGUGUAAUGGCUACAGGAGGCGAUAAUGGGAGCUUGUGGUUCUGGGAUUGGAGAAGUGGCCACAAUUUCCAGCAAUCACAGACAGUUGUUCAACCCGGGUCAUUGGAAAGCGAGGCUGGCAUCUAUGCAAUGGCAUAUGAUGUCACUGGUUCAAGGCUGAUUACUUGCGAGGCUGAUAAGACCAUAAAGAUGUGGAAAGAGGGCGUAAACGCCUCCCCUGUGCCAUGGGAGUUGUCAGUGUCUUGUCUGGUCAGCUAAAAGAGGGUGUUUCAAUAUGAGCUCGAGCGGAUUCAGAAGGCAUUUAUGAGGAAACCGUGACUGACUCAACAGGAAAUUAUCGCUUAAGGGUGCUUUUGCCUGAUACUACUUAUGAAAUCAGAGUUUCAAGGAAAGUUGAAUUUGGUAACCAUCUUAUGGAGCGCGCAUCUCCAGAAUCUGUGACCGUUAAGGCCGGUUGUGAAGAUUUUAGGCGAUUAGAUUUUGUUGUAUUUGAAGAGCCAGAAAUGACAAUUUUAAGCUGCCAUGUUGAGGGGCAGAGAAUGAAAGAACUUAUUCAAGUGGAAGUGAACUCGGCUACUGACCCAAUGAAAAUUGAAUCUGUCUCCCCAAUCCCUCUUUCAAACUUUUUCUCAGUGAAAGACUUGCCCAAAGGCAAGCACCUUCUGCAACUCCGAUCUACUACGCUAUCAGGAACCCAUAAAUUUGAAUCAGAAAUUAUUGAGGUUGAUUUAGCAAAAAACAGCUGAGUUCAUGUGGGCCCACUUAGAUACAGAGUUGAGGAGGAUUUCCAGAAACAGGCAUGCUUCUUGAAAGUUCUUCUUUGUCUAUAGGAGUAUGUUAUGAGCCCUGAAAAUUAUAAAAAGAUGAUUCCAGGAGUGCAAAAGAUAUUGGAAUACUAGAAUUUAUUAAUGUGUCGCUUGAGGAGCUUGAAUUGAAAUCAAUCUUAUUAAAAGACUUUGACGUAAUUGCAAAUAGCGAAUCAGAUGUUACUUGAAGACGUAACUAAUAAUGUGAAAACAGCUGAUCAGAAGCAUCAAGACCUUCCUAAGUUUUCAUUUGAUGAUAAGACAUCCAUAAAAUCAUACAUGAAGAAAGCGACCACAGGUAGUGCACAUAAACUUUUGGCCUUAACAUAUUUUAAGGGUGUCUCUGCAAAUAUGUAGCGCGAAAGUUCAUCAACAUGUGGAACAGAAAAGGGGAGAAUAUCAAAUGUCGUUGCGAAACUCAUGGGACUGGAUUUGUUUCCCCGAAAUAAAGUUCUAAAGGGCUCAAGACACUCGCCUCCAAGAAGAAUGAUAAGCCACCUCAUCAAAACAGUGAUCAGAAAGCUGUUGAAAACUUGUCACCAGAAAUGACUAAGCACAGGAGGUAUAACAAUAUACAUCACAGAGAUAAGAAAACAGCAGAAAAAGAGGCUAUCACAGUGAAGCGAAAACUGGAUAUUCACAAACCAACGCUAAGUCAUAUCAAGGACAGACUUCCACAAUCUGUAAGGAAUAAUAAUACUCCUUCCGUAUUUUAAAGUUUGCUACACGUUCCAAUUUGGUAAGUUUUUUCCUUUAAAAAUACUCAAUUACCCUUACUUUUCCUACUUUUUAUCUUCUCUUUCAUACUUUUACACCUCUCCUACUUUUUCUACACUAUUCAUUAUCCCUAUUAUUUCACCCUUAAAUGUUGUGCCCAACCUUAUUGUAGAGAUCUUUGAAAUACGGAGGGAGUAGUACAAAUUAAAUAAAAAAGUAUUCCAAAGAGGGAGGAGCGUUUACUGAACCGGGCCAAACAUGCCUCGACAGAGCCUCCUUUUGCUAAACAUACAGCACAAGAGAAGCCUAUCAAAGAGAUAGCCAUUAAGAUGAAAGAAAGUCGGAUUCAAAUCUACAUGAAAGACACAUCCAAAAGCACACUGAAACAACAGUCACCAAUUUUGAAGGUGAAGAAACAGGUGAAAUGCAAUGUGGAUAGCACCUCUUAUGUAAAAGGCAAAUUGAGUGAAGAACAUUCAAUUGAGUUGAAAGAAAAAAAUAUCUCUGAGUUUGACAAAGAAGAAGGUUGUUACGGAUGCAUUCUGGGGCAAACAAUACAGCAGGUGACAGGGCCUAGUACGAGCCCAAAACGUUGCAGAUUCAUACCCAGACAGUGGGCCCAAAGAUACUGGAAAACGAAGUGGCUGAAAGAAAACUAUUAAUUAGUUAUUACUAUUAUUUCUAUUUCAGUUUUAGGCAACUUCCUAAUUAUACUAUUAUUCCUAUUUCAGUUUUAGGCAACUGCCUAAUUAUUCUAGUAUUCCUAUUUCAGUUUUAGACAUCUCCGUAAUUAUUAGGACUCUUAUAUAAGGGUCAUUAUUAUUAUCAAUAAAGUACCUUUUGGAAGAAUUAGUUUUGUGUGUCUUGACUAGGUUCGGACAUCAAUUUAAUUCCUACUUAAGAUUUCAAUUCUUCAGAAAUCAUUGAUUCCUUCCCAGUCAAUUACCUUCCCUCUGAAUUACAGAAACACUCUCGUCCCUGGAUGAGAUCAUUAACGCAGGUUCUUAACAAAGGUGGACAAGAAAUAGUGCAUUGUAAAUCAAAAGUUUUGACAUUACAUGUUCAGUUUUCAUAAAUUUUCAAUUUCUUUCAUAAAUUAUAUACUCCGUAACAUUUAGCAUUGUGCUAAUCAAUAUGAGAUUGGGGUUUUACUUUUUGACUUUUUCUGGUAUCAGAAAGAUGCAAUGGAAUUACACAAGAGUAGUCACCAGGAUGCAGGACAAAAUCUAGACAUCAGCUAUCAAAAAAAUUGCAAAAUCACCAGAAGAAAACCCGCCAACUGAAUCAGAAACGUGCAAGCCAAAUCCCAAACAACAGAAAGAGCCAUUGACGGAGCCAGAAAAGAAUCUCAAGAUAUCAUUUAUCAUAAGCCACUUAUUCCUUAGCACUGCAGAAGCGCUCCUCAAUCUGAACUUACCAGUGAGUGUGUUUUAUGCAAAUGAUCAUAUCAAUGAAGGGACAGAUCGUAUGCUUACAGUAGACUGUGCCUAUGAGGUAGUGAAAAGAAAGCGAGGAGACAAGAACUCUCUGCCUUUCCCCACGCCAGAAUACCCAUUAUCAGUUACGUAAUGAUUAGAUCUUUAGAUGAUCUGAUCAGGCAACUGUGCAAGGACUUUGAGAAGCUACCAGCUUUGACCGGAGUGGCUGUGAAGAUUGUGUCAACGCAGUACUUCGAUAACAUGCUUCGAAAGACAUGCAAAACACAGAGCCUGACAUAAAUUGUAUAUGGGAUUUUGGAUGGGACGAUGGGACCAUGUUUGCCUUCCUAGAAAAGGGUGAGGUGACAAAGGAUGUUGAGAAGCAUUUGCUGAAGGGACUCAUUGAAGAGGUCACUGCCGAUCUUUAUCUUUAUCUUUAUAUACUUAAAGAUACUACAUAGGAGAGAGAAGGUUUCUCCCGCUCAAAUGCUCAUGUCUAAUUACAUAAUUUUACUCACUAAAAUAAAAUUAAUCGCGCUUGCUCCCAUUUCUUCACUAGCCUACCCCCAAUUUCUCUCCUCUUCUUUAUACGGACGCUUGCUCCAAUUCAACUGCCACUGAGAUGAUUCUUCUGCUUCCGUGGGAGAUUGAGUUCUUCUUCUGGAGUCCACUGGGCCUUGGCCGCAACUUAGAUUUCUUCCAAGUCUCCUAUUUCUGUCCAUUUUAUUUAUUUCCUUCUACCUCUCAAAUGGAUUCAAAACUAUCGUAUUCUUCUGCUUCAAGCUCAAACCAGUUUGCCCGCACCGGCCAACCUCAACGGCGGCAGAAGACGAUUUUUCGUAACUUCAGGCUAUAACAUUUGUGUCACUCUCGCUGCUGAGCAUUCUCCUUCUCUAAUUUCGCUCGAUCUCUAUAAGACUAUCAGGCCGGAUGGUGUUCUUCUCUUCUUCUUCAGCCGCACACCAACAUUGUUGAAAGAACAGCUUAGCCGCUCCUUUGUGCAUAUACACACACACUUUUGCGUUGGGAAAACAUCUCAGUCUCUUCUUCUUAAAGGUGUGCAUUGUAAUGGAACAGAUACUUCAUCUGCUCCAUGACUCUGAGCUACCAUAGGAGGAUGUUAAUUUCUUAAAUUAUGAUGGAAAGACAAUGAAUAGCCUGCUUGAGGAGACUUUGCAGGGAGUAUUUUCCAGAAACUUUAGUGAGUGGCUCGACAGACGGUGAAUAAUAUUGUGACUAUUUUCCAGCAACUUUAGUGAGUGGCUCGACAGACGAUGAAUAAUAUUGUGACGGCUAUGGUUCUCAGGGAGCUUUGUUGAAGUUGUAAUUUUGGGAUUCUCUUUUACUUGUGUGGCUGUGACUGAUCUCUUAGGAAUAUUCAAUUGGGAGCAAUUCUGAGGAAAAGUCUAUGGUCCAUUAAAGAAUCAGCUGCAAACUUGAGAGCAGAUAUUUGGGUAGGUUUAGAGAACGGUUUUAGGCUCUACAGGGUUGCUAAUUUCUAAUUUAUCGUUUUUGUGCUAUUUAACAUUCCUCCUAUCAUGUCAGUUUUAACAAUAUCAAGUUUUAGAGGUUGAAGAUCAACCUAUGGCUCCAUAUUCCUAUUACCAUGUGUCCAUGUCUGAUAAAACCAUCUAGAGUGCCUUUUGUAUUUGAUGGUCUGAUUGGAUCGUUGUCUCCUUGACUCCUUUUAUGUUGAGUUUCAUACUACUUCCAUCC